GCAUGCGCGGUGGCGCUGGAGGAACUGGGCUGGAAGAUGGCGGCGAUGGGGAGAGCCGGGAGCAGGCGGGGAGUGACGGCUGUCGUAGGGAGCUGCUGGGUCUCGCUCCACGCUUGGUGCGGGCCGCUGCCGGCGCUGCUUUUCGCCGUGCUGGUAGCGGGCUCCUGCGAGGGGAAUUCGGUUGAGAGGAAGAUCUACAUCCCCCUGAACAAAACGGCGCCGUGUGUUCGUCUUCUGAAUGCUACACACCAGAUUGGCUGCCAGUCCUCCAUCAGUGGAGACACAGGAGUGAUACAUGUGGUGGAGAAGGAGGAGGACCUAAACUGGGUGCUUGCUGAUGGCCCACACCCACCCUACAUGAUAUUACUAGAUGGAAGUCUCUUCAACAGGAAGGUAAUGCAGCAGCUGAAGGGAACCUCACGAGUGUCAGGCCUUGCAGUGUCUAUUGCCAAACCUAACCCUCCCCAGGGAUUUUCUCCCGGUUUGAAGUGUCCCAAUGAUGGGUUUGGUGUCUAUUCCAAAGACUACGGCCCUCAGUAUGCACACUGCAAUAGGACUGUGUGGAAUCCAGUGGGGAGUGGGCUUUCAUAUGAGGAUUUUGACUUCCCCAUUUUUCUACUUGAGGAUGCCAAUGAAACUCAAGUUAUUAAGCAGUGUUACCAAGACCAUAACGUCCCUACUGAUGGAUCUGGUCCUGAGUACCCUCUGUGUGCCAUGCAACUUUUUUCCCACAUGCAUGCUGUCACCAGCACUGUUACCUGCAUGAGACGCAACUCCAUCCAAAACACCUUCAGCAUUAAUCCAGAGACUGUAUGCGAUCCUCUGCUUGAUUAUAAUGUGUGGAGCACCUUGCACCCUAUUAAUUCAUCUGAAAAAGUUGAUCCUAAGAAGGAGUUUAUUAUGGUUGCUACACGAAUUGACAGUCAUUCCUUCUUCUGGAACAUUGCACCUGGGGCAGAGAGUGCUGUCUCCUCUUUUGUGACCCACUUGGCUGCUGCUGAAGCCCUUCAUAAGGCAUCAGAUGUUCAUUUGCUGCAAAGGAAUAUAAUGUUCACCUUCUUCCAAGGGGAGACUUUUGAUUAUAUUGGCAGUUCACGAAUGGUGUAUGAUAUGGAAAAAGACAAAUUUCCUCUCCGUUUGGAGAACAUCCAUUCUUUUGUGGAGUUGAAUCAGGUGGCUCUAAGGAAUGACUCCAUUUUGUGGAUGCAUACAGACCCCGUCUCUCGGUUGAAUGCAACUGUUGAGCCCCAGAUUAAAAACCUGCUCGAUGUUCUGAGUAAUAGCAGCGUAGGAGCAAAUGUAACUUUACAGGAAGUGGGAUUUUCGCAGUCUCUUCCCCCAUCUUCAUUCCAACGCUUCCUUCGAGCCCGGCACAUUCCUGGGGUAGUCCUGACCGACCACCAGGCUUCCUUCCAGAACAGAUACUACCAGAGUAUGUACGACACUCCAGAGAACAUCCAGAUGCAAUACCCUGAGGGGCUUAGCCCCGAGGAGGCCCUGGAGUAUGUUACAGACACAGCCAAGUCUCUGGCAGAAGUUGCCACAGUGGUCGCCCGUGCUCUCUACCGGCUUGCAGGGGGAGCCAACGACACCUCUGCUAUUCAGGCAGAUCCAAAAACGAUCACUCAAAUGCUCUAUGGGUUUCUGAUUAAAAUGAACAAUUCCUGGUUUCAGUCCAUCAUUAAACCAGACCUGAAAGGGAUUUUGGGUGAUGAUGUUCCCCAGCACUACGUUGCUGUUUCCAGCCCUGUGAACACUACCUACCUUGUGCAGUAUGUUCUGGCCAACCUCACAGGCACUGUUGUUAACCUCACAAAGGAAGAGUGCUUGAACCCUGAAAAAGCACCUAAUACUGAGAAAGAAAUGUAUGACUAUGCCUGGGUGCAGGGUUCCCUGGACCCUAACUCAACAUCACGAGUUCCCUACUGUGUUCGGUCAACUGUUCGCCUGAGCAAAGCACUCUCUCCUGCCUUUGAGCUGAGGGAAUGGGGAUCUACAGAGUAUUCCACGUGGACAGAGAGUCGAUGGAAGGAGAUCCGUGCCAGAAUAUUUCUAGUAGCCAGCAAGGAGCUAGAGAUAAUCACUUUGGUUGUGGGCAUUGCCAUUCUGGUCUUCUCUCUUGUCGCCACACAUUUUAUCAACGCCAAAGCAGAUGUACUUUUUAGCAUCCCUCGGGACCCUGGGGCUGUGGCUUACUGAAGAUGCUCUCAAGGCAUGAGAAGUCUUAGUCCUUGGAUUACAAAUAUCAAAGAUAAAACUACACUGGAAUGCCCCCCUGUCUCUGGAUAGGGACGGAAAUGGUUCUCUCCAGAGCCUCCAUGUUCAAGUUCUGGGGACUGAGCCCUGAAAUGUAAGAGACUGUGCCGAUCAAGCCCAAAAGAAAUUGUGACUGAGAAGUUCCCGAAGCCUUCUGUUUUUAAUUUGUCCUUACUCGGGGAGGUGAGAGGAUUGUUCCUGAAUGCCACCAAGGUGACAAAGCAAUGGACGUGUUCCCUACAUGAUGGUGAGGGUGGGAGGGGUAUUUUCUCCGGGAUAUGUGUGGACCAGUGCAUUUCCAUGGUGUCCAAUAGCAUGGGUUGCCUGUUAACGUCCAACAGUUGCUGUGAAUCUGUGUAUAUACUACAAUGCAGGGAGGACAAGCGUGUUUAACACAUGAUUAGUUGUAAAAUAUCCUUU